GCCUUGCCAAGUGGACCUAUUGAACAAGAGACUGACGUCGUGCAAGUGUGGACUCGCAUGAGCGUCUCUAAAUGCAUCCAAUAAGCAACUGUCAAGCAAGACCCAGCACAAGUGACACACCCUCUUAGCUGCGUAUACCAUAUCUUACGCCUCACGCGACUCCGAUCACAAGAGACUGCCUGGAAACAUGCCUGGGCAAUGGGUUCUGGACGAUUCCCAGAGUCUGUACUACCUCGAGAGCGAGGAUGUGCCAGGGAAAGUCUCUACCGAGCAACUACAACGGCCUCUUUCGCAGGGAGAUGAGGCAGAAUUUCGACAUCCGGACAAAUCUUCAACUACAUAUCAACAGCGCGUACCUAUUCGACACCAAAACAAGACGGCGCGUUGGGGAUCGACCGUCACGGCUUCAGACUCGACACCGCCUUCGUUCAAGCGUCCGCGACUGUCUUCUGAGGGCGACUUGCUGCGACAGCCAUUUGCGUCUGGCUCAGCUCAUGACUCUUCGCUCUUGGAUUGGGAUCGGGAUAUACGGAUGACAAAUGACGAUGCCUUCUCAACUCCCGCAUCUACCGCGACAGCCGCGACGACAAAUACAACUGCAACCGGUGUUUUCGCUCCCACAUUACCGCCUGUCCUGGAAAUAUCACGACACCACCGCGCGCGCAGUCUGGAGAGUGCGAGCACCAUUAGCAACCACAGACACACCGAACGUGCCGCGCGCGCGAAUCGCCACGACGAGUGCGACAAAUCCCAGAAGGAGGCGCAGCAAGCCAUCACGCGGGCCCUCGCGCGCCUGGAUCGGGCCACGCUGUUCGACUACACCUUCGCGCACCCUCUGUCCAGCCUGAACCUGAUCAUGGGCUUCAACACCAGCCUGCCGAAGUCCCGGCUGGACACGUACAUUACGGCGCUGAGGCAGCUGCUUCGGUGUUCAGCGGAACGGUGUAUUUUGAGCAACGAAUUACAACGCGCUAUCACUGCCGAAGGCGUGCUGUGGGUGGUCCGCGAGGCGUGGCCUGCAGCCGAAGGGUACUGGAAUUUGACGGCUACCUUUCGAGGCUUCCUCCACGCCGAGCUCUGGCGCAACUUCCCCUGCCAGCGCUCAUACAACCAGCUACCCCCGGCAUACCGUCCGACGCGGGCGCAGCUGUCGGUCCCGCACUCGCCCAUGAUCGACUGGAUGCCGUGGCCGGACGUGCGCGACAUGGCGAUCAUGUACCAGGACCAGAUCGACGUGGACGCGCUGUUCCGGAUGGCCAUCCACAACGUGGUCGCGCACCGGAAGAGACGGCCGCGCGGACGGACGAAGACCCAGUCUUCCUCGCUACCCACCAUGACAUCUUCCUCUUCGCUCCUCAGGAAAGACGACGACGACGACGGCCGCAGCGCCACAACAACAACUCCCAUCUAUCGAAACCCAGACCCCGCUGCCGCCGCCACCGAGCAUGACGACGACAACGACAACGACAACGCGAACGACAAAACCUCCUUUCGCGUGUGGGACCUGGUGUGCCUGGAAAAGGCGCACGGGACGAACCCGCUGGCCGAGCCUGGGCUGGACAAGAAGCCGGUGCUGCGCUCGCCGGGCGUGCGUGCCCUGCUGCGCGCCUACGACCUCGAGUACGACGAGUUCGACACGCAGAAGCUGGACGACUGCUUCUUCGAGGCGUACCCGUGCCUGUACGCCGACACGGCCGCCUCGGCCUGGAAGGUCAAGAGCUUCCCGAGCCUGCCGCACGAGGACGUCGGGCGGCCCGUCGCCCUCACGCAGCCGGCGGUGUUCCGGCUCAAGGCGCGCAUUGAGGCCAUGAUCGGGGCCGAGAUUGAGAUAUAG